AUCUGUGGGAAUAUAUUGAUCUUUAUGUUUUAACACUUGUUUAGAAAACAAAUCUUACAAUCAAACUGGGCACAUUUUAUCAAAUACAUUGGUUGGUAAUGUUACAGAUAGCAAGGGAAGCAUCAUGCAAUACAAAGCAGUAAGUAAUCCAGCAUUCAUUUUUUUUCUUUCUCUCUCUCUUUCUGUUCUCACUUGGAGGUGUGUCUUUUUGUCCAUAUAAAAACCAACAGUCUGGCAAUCAGGAUUCAGAUUUGUUGCCUUCCUCCUAGAAUUCACAGCCUCCCCUUGCUUCAUUCCACUUUGUUUGCUUUUUUUGCACUGGAUGAAUAACUCUUUGGAUACAUUUUUUGGAUAUAUUUGAAAUACUCAGCACUGGGAAUAAGAGAUCACCCAGCAAAUCAGCAGCAUUGUACUCCUGGAGUGAAAGAUGUCUGCAGUAUUAAAGGUUUUAAAUGAUAAGAAAGAGAUACUGGAAGGUGCUGUAGAAGUUAUUCAGCAAGGAGUUGAAGCUCUUGCAAAUGAUGUAGGGAGUAUAUCUCCCAUAUUUCAAAUAGCUGGUCCUCUGCUGAAACUCGCCUUGGAUAAUGUGGAAAAUGGGGAGGAGCGUUACAUUAAAGAUCAACUCCAGACACUACAAACCAAACUCGAUGUUAUUUCUGACAAGAUUGACGCAAUCAGCAGAGAACUUGAGAAAAGUCAAAUGAAUAUCACAUGCUUUGAAAUGGAAAAAGUUAUUCGAAAUCAGUAUAGAAAAUUCUCAGACAUAAUCCAGGCCAAGCCACAGUACAAAGAGACCAAGAAGGAAUUCUUUCUGGAAUACUUUGAGGACACUGACGGAGAUAAAAGUCUACAUGAUAUUUAUGAUGCAAUAAUGGGGAACUCUGUCAGUGGGAAAUCCAUUCUCCAGACUGCCCUAACCACUGAGCAAUACGAUCGCCGUGUUCUGGAAGAGUUUAUUGCACGAGUUAAAAGACUUUUCUGUAUGGGUGUGUUUGUUGUGGUGGGCAAUGCAGUCCUUAUAGGGAAACCAAAAGAAGAUGAGUUAGUAGAAACUUGGGAAAAUAAUUUCAAUGCAAUGGAGAAGAAGAUGAAGGCAGCUAUUGAUGAGUGCAUUGAUGCAUUUCCAGAUCUGGCAAAAGCUGGCAUUGAAAAACUUAUUACUGAACAAAGCUGUAAAGAUAAUCCAGAGCUUGCAAAGCAAAUACAUACUUUCUUGAAAGAUAAAUUUUACUGGCUUAGCUGGUCAAUUCGUGUCUAUGACAAUCAAUCCAGUGGCUAUCUGACUUCUUUGCUUCGCAAAGAUGACUAUCAUCACAUCAUGGGAAAAAAUUAUUUUCAAUUCCUUAAAUAUAAUACCAAUGUCAUUGUUUCCUACUCCAGCAACCCAAAACCUGUUGAUAAAUUUAAAAUUCGCCAGCUAAUGGAAUCCCAGGAUAGGAAACAGAGUGCUACUUCAAUAGGUAACCAUGUGAGAGACAACAUGCCUGGUUAUUUGGUACAUAGUAUUGGCCGAUAUAAGGGAUUAUGGGGGGAAUGGAAUUUCCCUGAUGGAUGCCAUUAUUGGGAAAAUUACAGGAAUAUUACUCUUAUUGUUCAUUCUGAAUGACUGUCUUUGUUGGCUGUAUCUAAACUGCUUUAAAACAAAUGGCCUUCUAACCCCUAAAAGUAUGACUGAAUAUGUCAUUACAGAGUGACACAGUACUUGCAUUGCAUACAUAGUUUGUCAGAAACUAAGCUGUCUGCAUUCCUUCAUUUAUAAAGUGAGUCAGUGAAACAGAGAACUUAUUGAUUUGCUCUCAUUUGAAAUACAGACAUUCAUUCAUGGAGAUAUGCUUCAUUUAUCUAUGGUAUCCCCACUACUGGUUAAAUCAAAUAUGUUUUGAAGAUGAUAUUCUAAGGGUUUGCUCACAUUCACUAAGAUCCACCAAAUUGAUUUUUGCUACAUGAUAUCAUUGUAUUAACCAAAGUUACUCUUUGGGAAGGUGAGAGUAUGAUUAUUUCAGCUGUACAACUGCAGCAUAUAGACUGAUUUACAUUUAGAGAAUCAUGCUGUUCUCCUAGAUUGAUGCAACUGUCUAACAAAAAUGGUUCUUCUGGUGGUCAUAAUAUAUCAGUUAUUGUUCUUUUAUUCUGUGUAUCUGUUUCAACAGCUGCAACUUAUUUUUUGAAGUAAGUUGGAAUGGUAAAAUAAAGCUAGAAAUGUUAUAUUAUGAAAUAACAUCAAGAAUUUACAAACUCCAAUUAAUAUCCAUUUAAAGGUAAUGUCCUAAAUGCAUGCCCACUGUGAAUUAAAUAACUGAUGUGUCUAAACUUUUUAUACUUUGAAAAUGGAAACAUACUCCAAUGCAAACUCAUUUAUCAAAUAUUCUUUCUGAAAAAAUCUUACAUGUAAACGUUAUGUUUACAAAACUAUUAAAUUAUAAUAUAGAUGUGA